AUGCUUGACGCUCUCUUCGAACUUUCCUCACCUCCCCUCGUUUUCCCCCACCCUCUCCGCUUUCCCACCUUCCCCCAUCUUCCCUUCCCGAUCUCCCCGCAAUAUCCAGGCGCUGCGGCGGUGGGGCUGGGCGCGUACGGAGCGCACGCGUUCAAGCCGGAGAACCCCGUGUAUAAAGAGGUGUGGCGAACAGGCAACCUCUACCAUCUCGUGCACUCUGCUGCUCUCCUAGCCUCGCCCUUAGUCAAGCGACCUGACGUUUAUGGCAGCCUUCUUACCUUUGGGAUAGUUGCUUUCUCAGGCAGCUGUUACCUGUCAGCAGCGUAUGAGGAUAGAGCUCUGGGCGUUAUGGCCCCCUCUUGUUCUGACCCCCUCUUUCCCCCUCCACACCCGUCACCCUGCCUAUCCCCUUCCUCUCAUCACCUCUUACCUGUCAGCAGCACACGAGGACAGCGCUCCGGGCGUUAUGGCCCACCAUUGUUCAUCUCCCUCCCACCUGCUUUUUCCUCAACUCCCUUAACACCCCUUUCCUCCCUACGAUUCCCCACUUCCUUUCCCCUCCUCACUUGCUUCACCUGUUACCUGUCAGCAGCGCACGAGGACAGCGCUCCGGGCGUUAUGGCCCACACUUGCUGCCCUCCCACCGACCCCUUACUCGUCUCUCUGACCCCCUCUCCCCCCCCCCACCCACCACGCUGCCUAUCCGCGCGUGAUGAGUCGAUUUUUGAGUCGACUCAAAAGCCCUCCCACCGAGCCCUUACUCGUCUCUCUGACCCCCUCUCCCCCCCCUCCACCCACCACCCUGCCUAUCCCCUUCCCCUCAUCAGCUGUUACCUAUCAGCAGCAUAUGAGGACAGAGCCUUGGCCCUCCCGUGCCCCCCACUUCCCGCACUCUCCCUCCCCCAAUUCACCUUGCCGCUCUCACCUUUCCCCUCUCCUCUCAUCAGCUGUUACCUAUCAGCAGCAUAUGAGGACAGGGCCUUGGGUGUUGGGGCUCCCUUUGACUCAAAGCCCUCCCGUGCCCCCCACUUCCCGCACUCUCCCUCCCCCAAUUCACCUUGCCGCUCUCACCUUUCCCCUCUCCUCUCAUCAGCUGCUACCUAUCAGCAGCAUAUGAGGACAGGGCCUUGGGUGUUGGGGCUCCCUUUGACUCAAAGCCCUCCCGUGCCCCCCACUUCCCGCACUCUCCCUCCCCCAAUUCACCUUGCCGCUCUCACCUUUCCCCUCUCCUCUCAUCAGCUCUGUUACCUAUCAGCAGCAUAUGAGGACAGGGCCUUGGGUGUUGGGGCUCCCUUUGACUCAAAGCCCUCCCGUGCCCCCCACUUCCCGCACUCUCCCUCCCCCAAUUCACCUUGCCGCUCUCACCUUUCCCCUCUCCUCUCAUCAGCUGCUACCUAUCAGCAGCAUAUGAGGACAGGGCCUUGGGUGUUGGGGCUCCCUUUGACUCAAAGCCCUCCCGUGCCCCCCACUUCCCGCACUCUCCCUCCCCCAAUUCACCUUGCCGCUCUCACCUUUCCCCUCUCCUCUCAUCAGCUGUUACCUAUCAGCAGCAUAUGA